CGAGGCCGGCUAGGCUGUGGUGGCGCACGCCUUUAAUCCCAGCACUCGGGAGGCAGAGACAAGCAGAUCUCUGUGAGUUCGAGGCCAACCUGGUCUACAAGAGCUAGUUCCAAGACAGGCUCCAAAACCACAGAGACCACCACCAGCAGGAACCAGUCAUUGCAGGUAAAAGAAAAAAUUUUCUUUUAUAAUUAAAAUGUCUGAACACGUUACCAUUCAAGAAUUUAACAGUUUUUUUAAUUGUACCAUGUGGGAGAUUUUACAAGAGGUGUCUAUCACCACACCUCUAUGGAUCUUUCUGGGAUUCGUAGUUUUCCUUGGCACUAUAUGGUUUGAUAAUAGAAAUAUGAUAAAGUCUUUACGAGCAGAGGUUGCACGCUUAAAAACAAUUGAGAAUGACAACAAUCUUCUCAAGAAUCAGUUUGAAGUUCUCCAGGAGGAGAACAGAUCUUUGUUUAACAUGACUCGAUCAACUGAGGAAAAUUUAAAAAAGGUACAGACUGAUAUUAAGGAGAAAUUCAUUACUAUGGAAGAGGGAACAGCUGAUUUGGAUCGUAAGCUCCAGUCCCUUUCUGUAGGAACUGAAACAUUACAGGCUGAUAUUAAGGAGAAAUUCAUUACUAUGGAAGAGGGAACAGCUGAUUUGGAUCGUAAGCUCCAGUCCCUUUCUGUAGGAACUGAAACAUUACAGGCUGAUAUUAAGGAGAAAUUCAUUACUAUGGAAGAGGGAACAGCUGAUUUGGAUCGUAAGCUCCAGUCCCUUUCUGUAGGAACUGAAACAUUAGUGGCUGAUAUUAAGGAGAAACUCAUUACUAUGGAAGAGGGAACAGCUGAUUUGGGUUGUAAGCUUCAGUCCCUUUCUGUAGGAACUGAAAUAGUAACUGAGAGAAUCAAAACUGCUGAAUGUGACUAUCGGAUUUUGUCUAAAGCUUAUGACAGAUUGGCAGAAAGAUUGUCAAUACAAGAAGGCACGGUUUAUGCCAUAAAAAUUAUGUCCAAAGAUGAGAACUUAUCUCUAAUGGACAAACUUCAUACUUUAGAAUCCUCAAUGAAGGCUUUGGAACAUAAUUCUGGACAGGAGAUACAGACAUUGCAGAAGGCAAUGGUGAAUAGAAUUGAAAAGAUUGAGGAAUUUCUAAAUUCUGAUGAAGAAGAACAAACGGUAGAAAGGCAAAUUUUAACUACAUCUGUGGGUAAAUCCCUCCGGGACAAUUUCCACAAAUCUCUACCUACAGCUCUACCUGCCUUUCCAGUAAUAACAACAGAGAAGGUGAUUGGUUCCAGAAACCCUAGGGUCAUUAAGGAAGAUACAUGGGAGCAUGUCCGUAUGAAUGAUCUCAAAGAAAUUAAACAGGCUGUCAUGACUUUCGGGAUGCAUUCCUCUUUUGUUAAAGAGAUGCUAAAGUCUUGGGCAUCCACAAGCAGAGCUACGCCAUUGGACUGGCUCCAGCUGAGCUCUGCAGUCCUUGAGAGUGGGCCGCACUUAAAAUGGAAAUGCUUGUUCAGGCAAGAGGCUAGACUUUUAGAACAGCAAGAAAAGGCGAAGGGAAGUGACAUCUCCCUAGAUAAAAUUCUAGGUGAAGGACUCUUUUCCGACCCUCAGGAACGAGCUAAUUUGGAUGAAAACACACUCUCCAUAUGCACUACAGCACCUCCUGCUAACCUCGUCCAUAAACCAAGUGCAAGCAAAAUCCGGAAAGCAAGCAUGUGGAAUUCUAUUCUGCAUCAAAAAUAUGAAAGAGACCCUUCAGAUCAGAUAAACCUGCUUCAACAAUGGUCAAGUGUGUUCAUGAAACAUUUCUUCGCAUGUCUCUGA